AUGGGUGGAGGACAUCAUCAUGAGCCAUUCAAGGUCCCCAACUAUUCCAUUUACAACAAUUACCAGGAAUUUCCUCAGCUUGCUGCACAUGAGAAGAGAUUAGCUCAACUUGGAUUGAAAGAUCCAUGGAUCAGAAAUUAUGUUUACUUGUAUGAUCGUAAGUAUCCUCAUGUUGUUGGACAGUGGGCUCAUUUCAAGAAGCUCAUUUUACCUGGAUGGAAGGUUGGCGUAGGAGCUGCUGCUCUUCUGAUUGCUGCUGAAGAAGCAUACCAAUACGCCAAGCAUGGAACAACCUCAUGGGAUUCUCAUCAUUAG